CAAAUGGAGAGUCUAUAUGUUGUUAGGCCUGGUUUUAGAGUGCUUCACCUAGACCCCGGUCUUAUGACGUCUACAUGCUGCAAUCGUCCUAUUAGCCACUGGCUUCAGGAAACCAGGGCUUAGGGCUCCAAUUUGAGACCGCUUUUCUUAUCGAUAAGGAAGUAGUAACUUGUGGUGGGGACCUCGAGUGGACUCUGCUACCCUUCCAAGCGUAUGAAUACACGUCUAUCGGUGAUAAAUUACGAACCAGAGGGAAUAUGAAACGCGAAUACCUUCCCAUCGAGACACUCUCUGCUUGGACGAGACUCAAUGGCAUCUCCAUCGAUGGGGUCACGUUCCGCAAGUUGAGAACCGAAGAAGGCAUAGACAAGGGAUGUGCGAUAGUUGCGACAGGAGAGAAGGGCAAUCAGAGCUCAGAGACCGGAGAAUCAGAUGCAGAGGCCCUCCUUCGGGUUCCCUCUGACUUGAUUCUGUCGCUCAGGUUGGUUGAAAACCACGCCAAGUCUGAUCGGUAUCUGCGCGAGGUACUAGAUGCCGUCGGCGAUUUCGGAAGAACAGCUAGGGGUGCGAUUUUGAUCUUUUUAAUCCUCCAGAUCACAUAUUCUAGUCCGGAUUUCGCGGAUGAGCACCAUCGCAUUGGGGUGUCCAACCCUUGGACUGAAUAUAUAUGGUAUUUACCGUCUUCAAUAACACUACCUACAUUCUACACAGUGGAGGAGCGGGAGCUUCUGCAAGGGACAUCUCUGAAAUUGGCGGUGGAUGCAAAGAUCGCCUCACUUGAGAAUGAAUUCGAACUCUUACGCCAAUCAACCGAGAGCAUAUCUUGGUGUCGCAAGCAUUGGUGGGAUGAGGAUACAGGGAAAUUCACGUUGGAUGACUGGAAAUACGUCGAUGCCAUGUACCGAUCGCGUAUGGUGGACUUGCCAAGCUCUGGCCAUGCAAUGGUUCCAUGCAUUGACAUGGCUAACCAUGCAUCUGAGGAUAUUGUGAAAGCUUUAUACGACGAAGACACAGAAGGCAAUGCGGUGCUUCAGCUACGAUCGGGGCGGAAACUUCAUGCCGAUGAGGAAGUUACUAUAUCGUACGGGGACGACAAACCAGCAUCGGAGAUGAUAUUCUCAUAUGGAUUCCUCGAUCAAGAGAGAAGCGGUGCAAAGCAGAUAUAUCUCAAUCUUGAUAUUCCCGAAGACGAUCCAUUGAUCAUGGCCAAGAAACGAGUUUGCAAGGCACCACCGGGACUUCGGUUAUUUGAUUCUCCUACGGCGGAAAGGGGCAGCACUAAUUGGGAUAGUCCGUUUGUCUGGUGGCUUUGCGUGAACCAAGAAGACGGGCUUGAAUUUGAAGUAUUACAAACCAAUGAUGGGGGUAGAGAACUCAAGGUCAGUUGGAAAGGUGAGGAGAUCAGAGAUCCCGAUGACCUUAAAGCCUUCUUGAUAAAGGACCCUCUCUGGGAUAUCUUCCAACUUCGAGCAGUGGUGACUGUACUGGAUCGACUAGAAUCUCAUUUUCUCAUCCUCCGAGAAACUCAGAUCAUGGUUGAAGAGAUCAAUCACAAUGAGGAUAUGCUUGCUCUCUUCAGGCCUGAGGUGUAUAGUACAAUUAACAGCCUGCGUGAGUUGGAGGGGAAGCUGUUGGAGAAAGGAAUCGAGGAUUUAGCCCAGCAGAGACAGGAUCUGAUGGCGAGUGAGGCGGUCACCGCGUAUCUCACCCAACAACAGUCCGAUGAUGUCGAAGAGGAUUUCUCGUGAUCAUCAAUCCAUGUAUAUGCCUUGAAGAUACGAGGCCAUUUCACCCAAUCCGCCACUGUGCUUGGAAUCAUUAGUUUCGCUAUGUUGCUACACAGUAUCGAGCAUUGUUAGCAUCGAUUAAUCCAUACCGAAACCGGAACCUGUUUGAGUUUCGCAUUAUCCACUACGGAAGGUCGAUCAUUCAAUUAAAAUGAACGUGGAUUGUGGGGAAACCCCAGUUGGGGUAAGGCAACAGAAAGAGUUGGUGGAGUCCCAAGUUCAUGGCUACCUAAGGGUCGAGAUCGUGUCAGCGGGCCAGAGGCGAAAUUCCUUUUGAGCUGCCUUUAUAAAAUUCUAUGACGUGAUACGGACCA